GCAGUUGGCGUUGGCGAGACAAACCUCGCGGAGUGCGUGCGUGCGUGCGUGUGUGAGCAGUUGCAGAAUUCCGGUGAGCGAGAUGAAGGAGAAGAGCAAGAACGCGGCCCGCAGUCGACGGGAGAAGGAGAACGCCGAGUUCCUGGAGCUCGCGAAGCUGCUGCCCCUGCCGAGCGCCAUCACCAGUCAGCUGGACAAGGCGAGCAUCAUCCGCCUCACGACGAGCUACCUCAAGAUGAGGCACGUCUUCCCUGACGGUCUGGGCGACGCCUGGGGGGCAGAUCCGCCCCCCGCCAACACGCGGGAGUCGUGCAUCAAGGAGCUGGGUUCGCAUCUCCUGCAGACGCUGGACGGCUUCAUCUUCGUGGUGGCGCCGGACGGCAAGAUCAUGUACAUCUCGGAGACGGCGUCGGUGCACCUCGGCCUGUCCCAGGUGGAGCUGACGGGCAACAGCAUCUACGAGUACAUCCACCCGGCGGACCACGACGAGAUGACGUCAGUGCUGACCAGCCCCCAGCCGCUGUACCACCCGCAGCACCCGGAGUUCGAGGUGGAGCGCGCCUUUUUCUUACGCAUGAAGUGCGUUCUGGCGAAGCGCAACGCCGGACUCACCACGGGCGGCUACAAGGUUAUCCACUGCUCGGGCUACCUCAAGGUGAAGCAAUUCGCGCUGGACACCGCCCCCUUCGACUCGUGCCUGCAGAACGUGGGUCUGGUGGCCGUCGGCCACUCGCUGCCCCCCAGCGCCAUCACGGAAAUAAAGCUGCACUGCAACAUGUUCAUGUUCCGGGCCAGCCUCGACCUCAAGCUGAUCUUCCUGGACGCGCGGGUGGCCCAGCUGACGGGCUACGAGCCCCAGGACCUGAUCGAGAAGACGCUGUACCACUACAUCCACGGCUGCGACAUCCUCCACAUGAGGUUCUCGCACCACACGCUGCUGUUCAAGGGUCAGGUGACGACCAAGUACUUCCGCUUCCUGACCAAAGAUGGCGGCUGGGUGUGGAUGCAGAGCUACGCGACGAUCGUCCACAACAGCCGGUCGUCGCGGCCUCACUGCAUCGUCAGCGUCAACUACGUCUUGAGCGACGCGGAGGCCAAGGAUCUCGCGGGUUGUGACGCCGUGUGGUCCUCGGAUGGGGCCGUCGACUGCGUGGGCGGGGGUGGAGACGCCGAGUACCAGCGGCACGUGACGGUGACGCACGUUUUGAAACACCCGGUGAUGGAGCGACGCAGCGGGGGGCGGAUUUAA